UUGCACGCGACAGACGUGUGUCUAGGUUAACCGUAAACUUUACGUGAGAUGCAGUGAUUAGAUAGAAUAAACAUUCGUGAAUUGGUGACAAUUAUUGACAUUAUGGUGACUGGAGUGGCUGGCACGCAGGCUCAUCCUGCAAACAUGAGCUCAAAUGGAGACCAGAAAAAAGGAGACAAUAGAAGAAGCAACAAGCCGAUAAUGGAAAAAAGGCGUCGCGCGCGCAUCAAUAAUUGUCUCAACGAGCUCAAGGCGCUGAUCCUCGAUGCGAUGAAAAAAGACCCCGCCAGGCAUUCGAAGCUUGAGAAGGCGGACAUUCUGGAGAUGACGGUAAAGCAUUUGGAAGGUUUGCGAACAGAAGGCACCGGGUCACCUGACAGGUUCAAGGCUGGAUAUCGUCAUUGUGUAUCUGAGGUUGCGAAAUUCCCGGGUCUUGAGAAUGGAUUGAAAAGGCGACUAGUGAGACACUUGGAAGGAUGUGUUAAUGCAACAGGAAGCAGACCCGCUGCGGCGCCUACUCCUCCCUCUGAUGUCGAAGACGUUAAUCCUCCACAGCACUCGGCCAUUUUUAUCUCGGCAGGUGCUGGUUCUGGCGUACGCUUGGUGCCCACGCGUCUACCCAACGGAGACAUCGCUCUUGUACUACCAGCUGGAGUCAACGCUGGCACCCUAAGCGCCGUACCUUCUCUUGUACCUUUGUCGCCUCGAGGUGCAUCAUCGGCCGCGUCAGAGCCGCGAUGUUUUUCCCCCGCUAGCUCAGGCUGGGAUACACCCCCACCACCUACAGAGGAAUCAUCGCCUUUGGCGUUAGUUACUCGAAGACCCGCUGAAGAAAAGCCUUGGAGACCCUGGUGACACUCCCUUCAUUCCUUUGCCUUAUCUGUGAUACAUAAUAUUUAAAGUAUAGUAGCUUAAAUUGAUCUGACUAGUUGCGAAGUUUUGCUUGCUUCUUCUUCUGUCUUUAAUUUGAAAUAAUUCUUCCAUGAGCAUAGCAUUACGAUCAUGACGUUGUGCCUUUAAUGUUCUAUAUUAGGACAGCCUAAUGUCGAACAUCAAAGUUAUUUUACAACACCAUAAAUUAAUCAGGUUGUGGGGGCCAUUAUGACCCAGGUCAGAUCAUUUUAGCGCUAUAUGCGUAGUAUAAUAACUUGUAGGUGGUUUAUAAGUGAUCGAAAGUUCCUAUUAAUUAAUUCGUGGUCAGUUGUAUUAGUAUCGCCAUUUAUAUAGGUCUUCCCUUAGGUUAAGAUUGUAAAAUUUUGUGUAUGACAUCUAUGGCAGUAUUUCACAGAGAGGGACGAUGUGUCCAAUAUAUUAAAGUAUAUGUUGCACUUAGUGCCAUAUUAUAUUAGAUUGUGAAUGUUGAAUUAAUAGAGCACGCAUUCUUUGUAUAAUCUAAUUAUAAUGUACUAACUAUACGAUCUUUGAAUUCGACGUAGAGUGUUCAAAUCUGUGCAUCAACGAAAUAUUUCUAUAUAAGACCGUGGAAAACAUCGCGUGGAAACCGGACAUUAAAGACCUACGUCAUUCGCGAAUCAGCGCCGGUAGUAUGUGAUUGCCAAUAAGAUGGUGAAUCCGAUGCCAAUGGUCAGUUUUUGUACAAAUUAGUACGGAAAGAACUACAUCGAGAUUGUAUACCAAUGCGUCGGGUUCGGUGUCGCUAUUGAUAGUUACAGUGCCUCUUAAACGCUGUUAAAUAUUAUUAAAAAAAUGUUUAUCACGCGUAAAUUGAACUCAUUAUAAUAGAUACGGUAUAUAUAGGCAGGCCUUUUUUAUUACUUCAGGCCCUCUCGAAUCUCUCCUUUGUUUGAAUAAUUUUGAUUAUGAUUAUUAAUGAACAUCUUAAAAGUUCUGUAGUUCUGUGAUUACCAAACGUUUUUAUGUAAAUUUUUCGAUAUUUCCAAAGCUUCUUUUCUUCCUGGCCCUCCUAAAAAGCCCUGCAUAUAUAUUGGGAUCAUUUUCCAACAUUUAACAUUAAAAAUAUUCCUUUAACAGGUAAUGGUCAUUUAGAGAUACUAUCAACUAGAUAUAAAACGUUGUAUUUAAUUAUUUAACUAAGAAUUCUGUGUGCCUUAAAAUAAACAGCAAAGUCAUAGUCUUCCAUUAUAAUUUAUUUUAAGUUGACGAGAUAAAUAUUGCGCUCGUUUAUAACAAAGUGUGUAAAGUAUUUGUUUAAUUAUAACUAACAUAUUUUUUAGUUUAUAGUGUUAAAAUAGUUAUAUUAAACGUACUUAUUGUUACCACGACAUCUUUACCUGACCGGAAAUCCAAUUAAACCACUUAAUCGAAUCGAAACUUUAAAAAUAUAAGUAAAAAUCUGAAUCGCAUUAUUAUGAAUUAACAAGUUAUGUGUACAUUUUUAAUAGCAUUCGCGAUUUUAUAACCAUUUCAAUUUAAUUGUAAAAAUAAACGUCGAUAAAUGUCAAUUUUGUUAUUUAACGUUUUUGUAAUAUAUUAAAAUAUGUGCAUAAAAAUACGGUAGGUAUCUGUACCGGUACCUGUAGUUUUUAUUAUUACUUUACAAAUGUAAGAAGUGAUAUUAUGAUAAGUUUACUCAUAAGUACGAAAAGACAUGUAAUAAACAUUUAAAAUCAU